UCUCCGGGCAGUCUGAAUGUGGCUAAUCUUGAGUUUCUGACCCCAGGUGGAGAUUGUGAUGAGGUGUCAGUGGCUCUGGUUGUUUGUUGGUAUCUGGUGCCUGCUGAGCGGUCCUGUCUCGUGUGCCCCCACACUGCCCUCUGCUGACCUGGAGGACCUGCAGUCCAUCAGCUCAGAGGUCAUUGUGCGCAGGGGUCCCUGCAGCGCCACCUGUGGGCUGGGGCUCCGCACAGAGGAGAAGUGUUUACUGGAAGGAGGUGGGACUCCCCGGGACUGUCACGAGCACAAGGUGCGGUGCCUGCUGACCUGGCAGUGUGGCCUGCGCACCCUCACCGCACCCACAGGGGGCGCUGUGGUGCUGGACUGUUUGGGCGAGGUGACGCAGGCUCAGGGCAGGUUUGGUUUCUUCCUCUCCUGGCGCUAUGCCCGUGGAGUGGUCACCACCGAUGACAGCCUUUUUGCCCGCUGGCACACGCCGGUGCUGGAUCAGGUGACGCUGGACCCCCUGCAUGAGGAAAAUGCCGGAACCUACCGCUGUGACGUGCAGGACAGCACCCACCGCAUGGUCAAAAGGGUGUACUUCGGGGUUAAGGUCCUGCCCCCAGAUGUAAUACGCCUGAACUUUACCAAAGCCCUCAGCCAAUGGGAUAUCACAGACAAGAGGCUGAAUCCAGGACCAGGACCGGAGCCUGUCUAUUCCUAUCUAACACAGAGGGACAUGGUUCUGUACAGUUUGACUGUGGCAGCCGUAGCUGCGGCUCUCAUCUUCCUCUCUCUCCACUAUGGCUGCCAGAGGCUCACUGCCACAGCAGCAGUGAUAUGAACUCUGAUGACUAAUGCAUGCGCAGCACAGGCAGAUCCUCUGUUCAUAAACAAAGGCAUAACUAUAAAUCAAGCUGUGCUGUCACGUGUCUUUAAUACACUUUAAUUACAUUGCAGUGACUUAUUAGAUGCCAUAUCCAGAGUGACUUAUAAAAGUGGAGAACGUCAGUGUUAGACUCAGGAAAACAGAAGUGCAGUUUCACCAAGAAGACAAAAAAGGCCCACCUAUAGUCAUUGAUAGUA